AUGUCGCGCUCGAAGGACAACUCGAGGUUGCGUGUACCAGGGGCCUCGAAGUCGUCUUCGCGCCCUGGUUCACGGCUUCGCACAUCUCGAAAUCCCUCUCUCUCGUCGCUCUCGUAUAUCCCGUUUGGUCCCGAGGAGUUAAUCAAUCCUGACGCCCCUGUUAGUGAGGAGGUAGCAGAGCUGCUGCAAGAGUUUGUGCAUCCCCACAGGCAUGAAUCUGAACAGACACUGGUUCAGGAGGCUGCCGAUGAGGUAUGUGCGGACGACGAAAUCGAUACUGCGAAGCAACCGUUGGACUUGCCUUGGUGGAAGAGACCUUCGCCAUGGUGGUUUCUUGUUCUGAUCAUCAUCAGUUCUGUUGCGGCUGGUGCGACAAUGGCCCCACGCGUCUCUGUAUAUACACGUCUCGCUUGCGAUACCUAUAAGCCGGAGUACUCAAGAGUUGGUCGGAAUCCUGAUAACCUCACCCUGCUAUCUCCCCAUGCAAACAAUAUGUCCUCUGUCGUUCCAUCAGGCGGUAUGGCAUCUACACCCCCCUCAGACAGAGACUGGGCACUCUGCGCGUCCGAUCCAGUGGUCCAGGCUGCAGUUGCCAAGCUAUCCCUUGUUAUAGCAGCUUCCACAGGCAUCCUGGGGUGUAUAACGACCACAAUGUGGGCUUCGCUGUCUGAUCGAUAUGGGCGUGUCAGAAUUGCGGGAAUCUCUACAAUCGGUAUCCUUGUGACAGAGCUGGGCUUUCUACUUGUGUACAAUUUCCCGAAUUCUGUUCCGGGAGGAAUCUGGUUCCUCGUCCUUGGUCCCAUAAUUGACGGGCUUCUUGGCGGUAUUGGCGCAGUAUCAUCCGCAAUCCAUGCCUAUCUCACCGAUUGCACUGAACCCAGUUCACGCUCUCGCAUUUUCUCCCUUUUCAUGGGACUCUUGUUCGCUGGCAUAAGUAUCGGCCCUACCCUCGGCAGUUUGACUAUCAAUCUCACGGGCAACAUCAUCUCCGUCUUCUACAUUUCAUUCUGCACUUAUCUGAUUCUAUGUCUAUUUCUCUGGGUUGUCAUCCCCGAGUCUUUGACAAAGGCUCAAAGAGCAGAAGCUCGUCGCCUUCAUGCGGAGGACAGUGCGCGGCUCGCCAUCGCAAGAUCCAAGGGCGGUCUUCUUACUUGGCUGGGAAGACCGUUUGAUUUCCUGAGGCCUCUGGCCCUUUUCUAUCCCAUGGUCAUCGAUGAUAGUGCCUCGAAGAAAAGAAGAGAUUGGAGCCUUUUGCUCCUAGUCGCAGGAUGUGGAUGUACUGGCUCUCUCAUAGGCGGUCUCACUUACAAAAUGCAAUACAUGUCUUCUGUAUUCGGAUGGACAGCGGCAGAGAUUGGUUACUGGAGUAGCAGUGUGGGUGCUUCACGAGCAAUCCACCUGACUCUGGUGCUUCCCCUCCUCACUAAAUUAUUCCAACCCAAGCCUUCAGCGAUAAUGCUACCUAUCGAACCCUUGGAGCCUCUUCGUCCAGAGACAGCUUCAUCAGAGUCACUUGCACCACAGGAGACGGCGCCUCCGCCUCACCAGCCACAUUCGCCUCAUUUUGAUUUGGUCAUCGCACGCUGCUCUCUUCUCCUCGAAAUUAGCUCAUAUAUUCUGAUGGCGUUCACGAGGACUGGUGGCUUGUUCACCUUUUUCGGCAUCAUGUCCUCCCUUGGUGCAGGUUAUGGCCCCGCGAUAAGCAGCGUCGCUUCAACACUGUACGCUACGCGAGGGGGAAAAGAGAUGGGGAAGUUGUUCGGUGCUAUGAGUGUGAUACAAACACUAAGCUCUCAAGUAUUGGGCCCUACCAUUUUUGCAUUCACAUAUAUGGCGACUGUCGCCAUCUUUCCGCCGGCAAUAUUCUUCGUGUCUGCGGGGGUGCUCUCCGUGGCGUUCAUCCUGUUCCUUUUUAUCCGUCUACCCAAAAUGCCCCAGGAGGCUUCCGACGUGGACGUAGAAGACCCGCUUGCUAACCAUCCUACUCUUCGUCGCGAGGAGACUCUCACUGACGUAGAAGAAGUGCUAAUUGUGGUCGACGACGAAGACAGAGGCAAGAAGGUGACGCCAUAA